CAGUCAAGAAAACAUUGAAGAACUAAAUAAAAAAUUUGAGAAACGAAAAUUAAAGCCUUCAGAAAUGCUGGCUCGCUUUCAGCAAUACCGCCAAAAUGGCUUACCAACAAAAAUCAAUUCCCUAAUUGAAAAUUUUGCUCUUGAAGAGACGGGAAAAAAUCGAGGCAGAAUGCAACAGCUCAUUUUGGAAAGUGAUUUUCCUAAAUUAAGAGAAGAAAUAAAUAAUGCUAUUAAAACUCGUGAAGAAUUAGAAAGGUUGGAAAAAUUAAAACCGAGGCAUGGCAAUACUAAUUACCAAGAUUUUGAUGACUACUAUGAAAGCGUAAAAAGAUUAUGA